GUUGUGCCCGCGCUCUGCAGGGAGCAAAGUCAGCCUCCGCGGAAGGGCAGGCGUCUCCUGCUACCCGCCUCGGCGGAACUGCCGCAGGAGCCGGUUUGAACUCCACAGGUGUGUCCUUUCCAGCUAUCGUGGACGAUGAAAGGCUCUCUGCAGAGGAGAUGGAUGAGAGGAGGCGACAGAAUAUCGCUUACGAAUAUUUGUGCCACCUAGAAGAAGCCAAGAGGUGGAUGGAAGUUUGCUUAGUGGAAGAAUUGCCACCAACUACUGAAUUGGAAGAAGGGCUUCGGAAUGGAGUUUACCUGGCCAAGUUGGCCAAGUUCUUUGCCCCGAAAAUGGUAUCAGAGAAAAAGAUCUACGAUGUGGAACAAACACGUUAUAAGAAGUCCGGCCUGCAUUUCCGGCACACGGAUAAUACAGUCCAGUGGCUACGAGCCAUGGAGUCCAUUGGUCUACCCAAGAUAUUUUAUCCAGAAACAACAGAUGUGUAUGACCGGAAAAACAUACCAAGAAUGAUAUAUUGCAUUCAUGCACUGAGUUUAUAUCUCUUCAAACUUGGAAUUGCACCCCAGAUACAGGAUUUGUUGGGAAAAGUAGAUUUCACAGAGGAGGAAAUCAGUAAUAUGAGAAAGGAACUGGAGAAAUAUGGAAUACAGAUGCCAUCUUUCAGCAAAAUCGGUGGUAUUCUGGCUAAUGAAUUGUCCGUGGAUGAAGCUGCACUGCAUGCUGCAGUUAUAGCCAUUAAUGAAGCUGUUGAAAAGGGAAUCGCAGAGCAGACCAUUAUAACACUAAGAAACCCAAAUGCAGUCUUAAAAUAUGUGGAUGACCAUCUUGCACAGGAGUAUCAGAAAGAGCUCUGGGAAGCCAAGAGAAGAAAAGAGGAAGAUGCAAGAAGGAAGAAUAACUGUAUUUCAGAAGAAGAAAGAGACGCCUAUGAAGAACUGCUGACACAAACAGAAAUCCAAGACAAUAUCAAUGCAGUUAACAGGUUGGCCGCGGUAGACCACAUCAACGCUGUUCUUCAGGAAGGCGACCCGGAGAACACGCUGCUUGCACUGAGGAAACCCGAGGCCCAGCUGCCUGUGGUGUAUCCCUUUGCUGCCAUCAUGUAUCACCACGAACUUUCCAACCUUCAGAAACAGAACACCACGAACUACCUGGCCCACGAGGAUCUCUUGAUUGCAGUGGAGAUGUUAUCUGCCGUUGCUCUACUAAACCAGGCCCUGGAAAGCAAUGAUCUCGUGUCUGUGCAGAAUCAACUCAAAAGUCCAACCAUAGGCUUGAACAAUCUGGAUGAGGCAUAUGUGGAACGUUACGCAAAUGCACUACUCUCCAUUAAACUGGAAACCUUAACCCAAGGGCAAGAUAACCUAAGCUGGAAUGAAAUUCAGAAUUGUGUGGAUAUGAUUAAUAUUCAAAUUCUUGAAGAAAAUGAUCGAAUUGUAGCUGUAGGGUUCAUCAAUGAAGCUAUUGACGAAGGGAAUCCUUCUAGAACUUUGGAUACUCUGCUGUUACCUAAUGCUAAAAUUAAAAAUGUGGACCCAGCCUACGCCCAGCACUACCAGGAUAUUUUACACUAUGCUAAGUCUCAGAAAGUCAUGGAGAAUGAGAACACUUCUAAAGUUCUUUGGCUGGAAGAGAUUCAGCAUGCAAUCAAUGAGGCCAACAUGGACAGAGACAAAGCCAAAGAAUGGGUUACACUGGUCGUUGAUGUUAAUCAAUGUUUGGAGAAUGAAAGAAGAAGUGAUGUUUUGUCUGCUUUGAAAUCUCAGGCUCUUAAUGAAAAUAAUAUAAUCCCUGAAUGUGCUGACAGUUACUAUGAUGCUCUUGUGAAGGCAAAAGAGUGCAAAUCUGAAAAUGUGACUUCUGAAGGUUCAUGGCUCAAAUUCAACCUGAAGGAGAAAUAUCCAUUCUAUUACAACAUCGACUCGAAAGAGAGCUCCUGGGUGACCCCUGACCCUUACCUGGCUAAAGAAUCAUGGCUGAUGCCAAAAGAAAUUGAGGACAUUAUUGAGGAAAGAACAGUGGAUUACAUCCGUCAGAAUUUGUGGUCUGCUUCUGAAGAUAUGCUUCUUCGCUUUCAAGCCACAAGCUUUGGACCCCGUCUCUGGGAAGAGUUUGAAGCUAGGAAAUCAUUUUUGUAUGAUCAAGAAGAGCAUGUGAUCAAAAUACAGUCUUUUUGGAGGAGACAUCAACAACAGAAAGCAUAUCUUGAAAGGCAGAAAGUGUUCCAUGAUAACGUUCCUUCUAUUGUGAAGAUUCAGACCUGGUUCCGGAUGAUACGAGCACGAAAGAAUUAUCUUUCACGACUACAGUAUUUCCAAGAUCAUAGAAAUGAAAUUAUAAAAAUACAGUCGCUGUUGAGAGCAAGCAAAGCUAGAGAUGACUACAGGACACUGGUUGGCUCUGAAAACCCACCAUUAUCAGUCAUCCGCAAAUUUGUACACCUGUUGGACCAAAGUGACUUGGAUUUCCAGGAGGAGCUGGAGGUAGCACGACUACGGGAAGAAGUAGUGACCAAGAUCAGAGCCAAUCAACAGCUGGAGAAAGACCUGAACCUGAUGGACAUCAAGAUCGGGCUCCUGGUUAAGAACAGGAUCACACUAGAGGACGUAAUCUCACACAGAACAAAGCUGAAUAAGAAAAAAGGUGGAGAAAUGCAGAUAUUGAAUAAUACCGACAACCAGGGAAUCAAGAGUUUGAGUAAAGAGAGAAGGAAAGCACUAGAAACAUAUCAGCAGCUGUUUUAUCUUUUACAGACCAAUCCUUCAUACCUGGCUAAACUGAUUUUCCAGAUGCCACAGAAUAAGUCAACUAAAUUUAUGGAUACUGUUAUUUUCACUCUAUACAAUUAUGCUUCCAAUCAGCGAGAAGAAUAUCUACUCCUCAAGCUUUUCAAAACUGCUCUGGAGGAAGAAAUACUAUCAAAGGUGGACCAGGUUCAGGACAUAGUUACUGGAAACCCUACAGUCAUCAAGAUGGUCGUCAGCUUCAACAGAGGAGCCCGCGGGCAGAACACACUGCGCCAGCUCCUGGCUCCAGUGGUGAAAGAGAUCAUCGAUGACAUGUCCCUGAUCAUCAACACGAGCCCUGUAGAUGUGUACAAAGCUUGGGUGAACCAACUGGAAACACAGACUGGAGAGGCCAGCAAGCUGCCUUAUGAUGUGACCACAGAACAAGCGCUGACAUACCCAGAAGUGAAAAAUAAGCUGGAAGCAUCCAUUGAGAAUCUGAGAAGGGUCACCGACAAAGUUCUGAAUUCUAUCAUUUCUUCCCUUGAUCUACUGCCUUAUGGAUUGAGGUAUAUAGCCAAAGUACUGAAGAAUUCCAUCCAUGAAAAAUUUCCAGAUGCAACAGAAGAUGAGCUGUUAAAGAUUGUUGGAAACCUCCUUUACUAUCGGUACAUGAACCCCACCAUCGUAGCCCCAGACGGCUUUGACAUCAUCGACAUGACAGCCGGAGGUCAGAUAACUCCUGACCAAAGGAGAAACUUGGGAUCCGUGGCCAAAGUUCUUCAGCACGCAGCCUCCAACAAGCUGUUUGAAGGAGAAAAUGAGCAUCUCUCAUCCAUGAACAAUUAUUUAACAGAGACAUAUCAGGAGUUCAGGAAAUAUUUCAAAGAAGCAUGCAAUGUCCCUGAGCCAGAAGAAAAGUUCAAUAUGGAUAAAUACACAGAUGUGGUGAUGGUCAGCAAACCAGUCAUUUAUAUCUCAAUUGAAGAAAUCAUCAACACACAUUCACUCCUGUUGGAACACCAGGAUGCAAUUGCCCCUGACAAACAGGACUUACUGAAUGAACUAUUGGACUUGCUGGGAGACGUACCCAGCGUGGAAUCAUUUCUUGGGGAAGGAGCCAUUGACCCCAACGACCCUAACAAGACUAAUACACUACAUCAACUCUCAAAGACUGAGAUUUCUCUUUACUUGACAAGCAAGUAUGACGUGGGGGAUGGCGAGGCAAUAGACGGCCAAAGCCUCAUGAUAAAGACCAAAAAGCUGAUAAUUGAUGUAAUCCGGAACCAACCAGGGAACACAUUGACAGAAAUCUUAGAGACACCAGCAACUGAACAACAGGAAAUAAAUCACUCCACAGACAUGGUAAGCCGUGCCAUUAUAGAUUCCAGGACUCCAGAGGAAAUGAAGACUAGCCAGUCUAUGGCUGCAGAUGCACAGCUGCCUCUGGAGCAGAAAAAGAGGAAAAUCCAGAGGAAUCUUCGGACAUUGGAACAGACUGGACUUGUGUCAUCCAAAAAUAAAUACCAAGACAUUCUCAAUAACAUCACCAAGGAUAUUCGAAAUCAAAGAAUCCACCGUAAACUUCGGAAAGCCGAAUUGGCAAAGCUUCAGCAGACCCUUCAUGCACUUAACAAGAAAUCAGCAUUUUACGAGGACCAAGUUAAUUAUUAUGACACCUAUAUAAAGACUUGUUUAGACAACUUGAAAAGAAAAAAUUGUCGGAGGUCAAUUAAACUUGAUGGAAAAGAAGAACCCAAAGGCACAAAACGAUCGAAGCCAGUGAGGUACACGGCAGCAAAGUUGCAUGAGAAGGGUGUCCUCCUGGGAAUAGAUGACGUGCAGACAAACCAGUUUAAAAAUGUUACAUUUGAUAUCAUAUCUACUGAAGAUGUGGGCAUCUUUGAUGUCAGAUCAAAAUUCCUGGCUGUUGAGAUGGAAAAAGUACAGCUCAAUAUUCAGGAUUUACUUCAGAUGCAAUAUGAAGGUGUAGCUGUAAUGAAAAUGUUUGAUAAGGUUAAAGUGAAUGUAAACCUUCUCAUAUACCUGCUGAACAAGAAAUUCUAUGGAAAGUGAAGUGCCUGGAGAAAUUUCAUGGAUUCUGUAUCAUCUAAAUUGGGAAAUGAAUUUGUUUAGUAUUUUUGUUUUUAAACAUGAUUGAAAUCACUGCUUAUAAACGUGUGAUUUUUUUUUUUUUUUAAAGACCAAAACUUUUUUGAAGAAUGUACCCAUGUGCCUUUUGGAUAAUUUGAUACUACAGUAAAAUGAUACACAAAAUGAAUUAACGUAAACACUUCCACGUUAUACUGUGGUAUAGGUACUCUGAUUUAAAAUUUUGGACAUUCUGUGAUCUGUUUUAAAGUAGGGAGAAAAUAAAUUUAGCUGACUAGGGGACUAAUGUGUAAACCUAUUUUCCUAUGAAAAAAUUUUAAAUGUCCCAUUUGAAUAAUGUAAUUCUGCAUAGAUUAUUUUUAUCUAUGGAGAAAUGGAAACUUAAUUAUUUGUAAUGAAUUAUUUAGACAGAUACUUAGUUCUAAGCCCUAUCUUCUCAGAGUUAUCAAUUUUAAAAGAGAACUUUUGUGCAAUUCAAAAUGAAGUUUUUAUAAGUAACUGAAAGUGACAAUAUGGUAACAUUUUCUGUAUAAAAGUAUAUAUUUUAUGUGAUUUAUUCCUACUAAAUGAAGUGCACUACUGCCUCAUGAUAAAGACUCUUGUACCCAGAGCCUUUAAGUGACUAAGGAACAAUGUGGAUAGCAAUCACAGCCCUCACCUCCAUUCCUCACAAUUUAUUUGAAUACUGCAAUUGUGCCUCUCAAUUUUUUGUAAUGCAAUAAAAUCAGUAUCUAGUUGGUUUUUAAAUGUAUUCUUUGAAAAUUGUUUUAUGUAAAAUAAAUGUUACUUAAUUACAUU